ACUUUUGACCCUCCGAAAUUUUCUUCAAUUCUGACCGGAUGCAGAAGCGGAGUUUCACCCCCAGUGUCUACAAAUUCCGGUACACGUGAAGGACGAGGACCGAGCAUAAUUCUUGCUUUUUCAAAUUAAUACCUUUGAAAAUGCUACCACUAGUUUCAAACACUUCUAAUCCACCUAUUGCGGCACUGCUCACAGCUGAGUAUGUGACAGGAAAGGUCAAAGUUGAAUGGGGGACUUCUAAUACCCUCAAGCUCUCUGAUGCUGUGACCUUGACAUCAUCUACUGCCAUCAGUCGUUACUUGGCCAGGACUUCUCCAGGUAGUGGUCUUUAUGGUAAGACUAGCCUGGAAGCAGCUGAGGUUGACCACUGGUUGGACUUUGCUAACAUCCGUGUGGGGUCAUCCUCGGACUUCAACCAAGCUGUGGUCUACCUGGAUAAGAUCCUUGGCCCUAGAACGUUUCUGGUCGGACAUGAGUUGACCAUUGCUGAUCUUGCUGUUUGGGGUGCCCUUAAAGGGAGUAAUCCCUUCAGUAAGAUGACGUCCCAAGGGAAAGCUCCUACCAAUGUGAUGCGAUGGUUUAGCUUUUUAGCAUCUCAGGAUCAGUUUCAGAAGGUCAUCAAUGCCCUACCAGAGUCUGCUAAACAAGAGCUAAGUAGCAAGAAGAAGGAUGUAGGAGGGUAUGUAGAACUACCAGGAGCUGAGAUGGGCAAGGUUGUAGUCAGGUUUCCACCAGAGGCUAGUGGAUAUCUGCAUAUAGGGCAUGCUAAGGCAGCCCUAUUGAAUCAGUAUUACCAGUUGGCCUUUGAAGGAAAGUUAAUCAUGAGGUUUGAUGAUACCAACCCUGCUAAGGAAAAUGCUGAGUUUGAAAAGGUUAUCCUACAAGAUGUAGCCAUGCUUGGGAUCAAGCCAGACAUCUUCACCCAUACAUCUGAUUCCUUUGAUCUGAUCCAAUCCUACGCUGAGAAGUUGAUCAAAGAAGGCAAAGCCUAUUGUGACAAUACUGACCCUGAGCUUAUGAAGAAGGAGAGGGAGCAGAGGACAUACUCAAAGAACUAUGAUAAUUCUGUGGAAAAGAAUUUAGAGAUUUGGAAAGAAAUGGUGAAGGGAAGUGAUGUAGGGCAGAAAUGCUGUCUUCGACUUAAGAUUGAUAUGAAGUCAGACAAUGGCUGUCUCAGGGAUCCAACUAUCUACCGCUGCAAGAAUGAGGUCCAUGUACGCACUGGUACCAAGUACAAGGUGUAUCCAACGUAUGACUUUGCUUGUCCAAUCGUCGAUAGCGUCGAGGGAGUAACUCAUGCAUUACGUACAACUGAAUACCAUGACAGAGAUCCACAGUUUGAUUUCAUCAUUGAUGUCUUAGGUUUGCGUAAACCUCAUGUAUGGGAGUAUAGUAGACUCAACCUACAGCAUACCCUACUCUCCAAGCGGAAGCUCACUUGGUUUGUUGACAAUGGAUUGGUAGAUGGAUGGGAUGACCCUCGAUUCCCAACAGUACGUGGUAUCUUAAGAAGAGGUAUGACUGUAGAAGGGCUGAAGCUGUUCAUCAAUGCUCAGGGUUCUUCAAGAUCUGUUGUGAUGAUGGAAUGGGAUAAGUUAUGGAGCUUCAAUCGUAAGGUCAUUGACCCCAUCGCCCCAAGGUAUACAGGUGUAGUUCAAGAUGGAGCCGUACCGGUCAUCGUUUCCAAUGCUCCGGAGGAAUGUAGAGAGGUGGCAAAACAUCCAAAGAAUGCUGAUAUUGGCCUGAAGAAGAUGUGGAUUAGUAAAAAGGUCUUCAUUGAUCAGGAGGAUGCUGCCACCUUCUCAGAAGGUCAGACUGUGACCUUUAUCAAUUGGGGUAACCUCAACAUCAAGAAAAUUGUCAAGGCAUCAGACGGUAAAGUUCAGUCAGUUGAGGCAGAGUUUGAUGCAGAUAACAAGAACUUCAAGAAUACAAUCAAGGUCACAUGGUUGGGUGAAACCGAGAAGGCUCCAUUCAUUGAAGCUGUCAUGAUCCAUUACGAUUACAUCAUCACCAAGGGAAUUCUGGGUAAAGAUGAAGAUUUCAAGGACUAUGUCAACAAGAAAUCAAGGGAGGAUACAAGUAUCCUUGGUGACCCUGAGUUCGCAUCUGUAAAGAAAGGUGAUAUCAUCCAGAUCCAGAGGAAAGGUUUCUUUAUUUGUGAUCAGGCUUAUGAACCAACAAGCAGGCACACAAGUCGUGCUACACCCUGUAUCCUGAUCAACAUCCCUGACGGUCACACUAAGAACCAACCUGCAUCAGCUACACCAAGUGCUCCAGCUGAUAAGAGUAAAAAGCAGCCCAAAGAGACCAAGAAGGAAGCAGUGAAGAGUGCCCCAGCUACCCCUGUGCAAUCUACUGGAGAUGUGGGUGACUUAGUUGCUAAGAUCACUGCUCAAGGUGAUGCUGUCAGAACCCUCAAGAAUAACAAAGCUCAAAAGGCUGAAAUAGAUGCUGCAGUUAAGAUCCUUCUUGCGCUGAAGGCUGAUUACAAGAACCAGACUGGACAGGACUACAAGCCAGGAGCAGCAGCACCUAAAGCCAAAGCUACAGAGACUGGUGGUGUAGAUAACUUAGUGUCAAAGAUCACUGAACAAGGAGACAAAGUCAGGACUAUCAAGGCCAAUAAAUAUCCAAAGGAGGAAAUUGAUGCUGCGGUCAAGGUUCUUCUAGCUCUCAAGGCAGACUACAAGAAACUGACUGGCAAAGACUACAAACCAGGAGCAGCUCCUGCUGUCAAGAAGGAGGCCGCUCCAGCUGCACCAGGAGGACCGGAGGUAGAGGCCAUUGUUGCAAAGAUCACAGCCCAGGGAGAUCAAGUCCGUAAACUCAAGUCGGAUAAAGCUGACAAGGAGGAAAUUGAUGCUGCGGUCAAGGUUCUUCUAGCUCUCAAGGCAGACUACAAGAAACUGACUGGCAAAGACUACAAACCAGGAGCAGCUCCUGCUGUCAAGAAGGAGGCCGCUCCAGCUGCACCAGGAGGACCGGAGGUAGAGGCCAUUGUUGCAAAGAUCACAGCCCAGGGAGAUCAAGUCCGUAAACUCAAGUCGGAUAAAGCUGACAAGGAGGAAAUUGAUGCUGCGGUCAAGGUUCUUCUAGCUCUCAAGGCAGACUACAAGAAACUGACUGGCAAAGACUACAAACCAGGAGCAGCUCCUGCUGUCAAGAAGGAGGCCGCUCCAGCUGCACCAGGAGGACCGGAGGUAGAGGCCAUUGUUGCAAAGAUCACAGCCCAGGGAGAUCAAGUCCGUAAACUCAAGUCGGAUAAAGCUGACAAGGGAGACAUAGAUGCUGCAGUGAAAGUUCUACUUGCAUUGAAAGCCGACUACAAAGGUCUGACUGGUAUAGACUACAAGCCUCCAGGCUCCUCCAGUGAUAAAGGGAAGAGCAAGGAGAAGAAAGAGAAGCAGAAUAAAGCAGCAGGAGCUGGAGCUAAGCAGAAAGGAGCUGGAGCAGAGAGUAAGGAGAGUGCUGGAGCAGCUGAAGGAGAUAUCAAGAAGCAAACUAGACUAGGACUAGAAGCAAAGAAAGGGGAAGAUCUCAGUGAAUGGUAUUCACAGAUGAUCACCAAGGCUGAGAUGAUAGAAUACUACGAUGUGAGUGGUUGCUAUGUGCUUCGUCCAUGGUCUUACUCCAUCUGGGAGAAGAUUGUUGCCUUCUUUGAUGCUGAGAUCAAGAAGCUUGGUGUCGAGAAUACCUACUUCCCCAUCUUUGUAUCCCAGAGUGCAUUGGAACGUGAGAAGGAACACAUUGCUGACUUUUCUCCAGAGGUUGCCUGGGUAACAAGAAGUGGCCAGUCUGAGCUUGCUGAGCCUAUUGCCAUCCGACCAACCAGUGAAACUGUGAUGUACCAGUCAUAUGCCAAGUGGGUUCAGUCUCACAGAGAUUUACCAAUCAAACUCAACCAAUGGUGUAACGUUGUGAGAUGGGAGUUCAAGCAUCCUCAGCCUUUCCUGCGAACCCGUGAGUUCCUGUGGCAGGAAGGUCAUACAGCGUGGGCCAACAAGGAAGAAGCCGUAGAUGAAGUCUACACCAUCCUUGAACUCUAUGCUCAGGUGUAUGAAUACCUUCUAGCUAUCCCAGUGGUGAGAGGACAGAAGACUCUUAAAGAGAAGUUUGCUGGAGGUGAUUUUACUACCACAGUGGAGGCCUUUGUCAAGGCUAGCGGUAGAGCUAUUCAGGGUGCAACAUCUCACCAUCUUGGCCAGAACUUUGCUAAGAUGUUUGAAAUCAAGUUUGAGGAUCCAAAUGUGCCCAAUACCCACAAGUAUGUGUACCAGAACUCUUGGGGUCUGACCACAAGAACUAUUGGUGUGAUGUGUAUGGUGCAUGGGGAUGAUAAGGGGUUAGUACUACCACCAAGAGUCGCUGCUGUUCAGGCUAUUGUCAUACCAUGUGGUAUCACAGCCAAGACCACAGAUGAGCAGAGGAAUAAACUCCUAGACAAGUGCCAUGACUAUGUGAAGAUCUUGAAAGCUGGUGGACUAAGAGCUCAGAGUGAUCUUAGAGAUAACUACUCUCCUGGAUGGAAGUUCAACCAUUGGGAACUCAAGGGGGUGCCAGUUCGUAUUGAGGUGGGGCCUCGUGACAUGAGCAAGCAGGAGUUCAUCGCUUGCAGACGAGACACCGGAGCUAAGACCACAUUCUGUGAGGCUGAAUCGGUUGCUAAGGUUACUCAGCUCCUUGACCAGAUCCAGACUGACAUGUAUGCAAAUGCCAAGAAGGACCUUGAUGGUCACAUUGUAGUGACAAGCUCCUGGAACGAUUUCUGUAACAAACUAGAUGAAAAGAAGCUCCUUCUUGUUCCAUACUGUGGGGAGAUAUCUUGUGAGGAUAAGGUCAAAAAAGAGAGUGCAAGAGACCGAGAUGUUGUAGUUGGGGCUCCCUCUAUGGGUGCGAAGGGAUUGUGCAUUCCAUUCAAACAACCAAAAGAUAUUGCUCCAGGUACACACUGUAUACUCCCAGACUGCACAAAUGAUGCCAAGAAGUAUACUCUAUUUGGACGCAGCUACUAAGAUGAUCACUACAUAGGAUCACAACUUGCCUGGAUCCCCCACCCCACCAUGCCCCAUCCCCACCCAGACUGCACAAAUGAUGCCAAGAAGUAUACUCUCUUAGGACGUAGCUACUAAGAUGAUCCCUACAUAGGAUCACACCUUGCCUGGAUCCCCCACCCCACCCAGACUGUAAGAAUGAUGCCAAGAAGUAUAUUCUCUGAAUGUAGCUAUUAAGAUGAUCCCUACAUAGGAUCACACCUUGCCUGGAUACCCCUGCCCCAUCCCACCCAAACUGUAAGAAUGAUGCCAAGAAGUAUACUCUCUUUGGAUGCAGCUACUAAGGUGAUCCCUGUACAGGAUUACACCUUGCCUGAAUCCCCCUACCCCCACCCUUAUCCAGGCUGCAAAAAUGCUGAGAAGUACACUCUCUGUAGACGUAGUUUCUUAGAUGAUCCCUGUAAAGGGUCACUCCCUAGCCCCCCCCCCAUGUAGUCACCGAGACAAAAUGCUGUCAGCAUAUUUUAGAAGGCUAACCAUUACCAUAUGGUAACCACCCUAUAAUAUUCCUUUAUGUUACAAUUUCAUAAAAGAGUGCAAUACUCAUUUUCCACACAAAUGCUUAGUUCUAAUCAACUCCUACACAAAAUAGAAGAGUGAUAGUUUUUCAAAUUUAUUUGUAAAAUUGUUGUUACGAUAUUUAUAUCCAUUUCUAUGUACUCAUAUGAUUCAUUCUUAUUCUACUAAAUUCCCUCCUUCCACCCUCUUCCUCAUAAAUGAAAAAUACAUUAUUUCCUGAAGGGGAUUGAUAUGUAUGCUAUAUAACUGAGAUUACCAACAUGUAAUGAACUAAGGUAUGCACUGGUUAACCAUGUACAUGAAUUGAUUUAGUUUUUAUUUCAGCAUAUUGGUUGUUUAAAGUGCCUCACAGCAAAGAUUUCUAUAAUGAGUGUUCCAUCUUCACAUGAUGAUAUGAACCAGACACAUCUCCCCCCCCCCCCCUCUCUCUCUCUCUCUGCUCCAUUAUCUAACCGCAUAGUUCUUACAAUUUAUUUCUUUGAAAAAAAGAUAUAUGAUACCAUUUCAGCAGAGAGAAAAAAUAUAUUGAACAAUUUAUUUCAGGUAUAACACAUACAGGUAUGUCGAUAAUAUCAGACUUUCAUGUAUUUCAUUGAAAAACGUUAUUUAUAUAUGAUUCUCAAGUUUUCAAGACUUUUUCAAGAGUCAUCUUUAACACUCACAGUGAGACCUUUUCCUUUUCAAAAGUUUCCUUUCUAAAAACGUUUUUAUUUAUGUUCAUAUUUUCUAGGAAAGAACAAAUUCUUUGCUCCUUAAACAAAACCUAAUAAUUAGAUGAGCUAAUCUAGUUGGUCAUGAUAUACUGACAACAGUAUAUUAUAUGGUACAAACAUCAAUACCUGCCCAAUCUCUGCACAGCUCUGAUGUAUUAUACAAGCAUAUAGAUUUCAAUGAAAAUUAGUCUCUUGCUUCAUCUAUACUAUACAUAAAAGUUUCCAUUAUAUUACUACACUGAAGCAACAUGAAGCAGUGGGGUCACAAAUCUCAUAUCUCAAAAAAGGCAAAUAUUCAGGCGGUAAGUGAGAGAGAAAUGACUGUUAUCACAUUAUAACAUUGCUUUUACUCAGUUUGCUUCAUCGUCUUGGUCCUGUGCACAAAGCAAUGGUGCUGUAUUAUAGAAGUUAUACCACUAGUUACAUUGGUUAUUAUGUAUAUUAAAGUGUUCAAAUCAACUUUAUGAUCAAUCACUGAGCUUGAUGUUACAGGCCUUUGAUAGGAAGCUGUGAUAUGGACUGACAAAUGUUUGUCUGAUUUUUGAGAGACUAAAUAUCAUGUUCAGUUGUUGAUUGAAAAUAAAUUUUAACAGAAUAACUACCCAAGUGUUAUAUGUAUGAAUCAAAUCAUGUGCUUAACGAUUUUGCUGGGUUAGGGUUACUUGAUCAAUACUGAUGAUAACUGAAUUUUUGUUUGACUAGAACUACAUCAGUGUCACACAAACAAAUGAUUUUCACUGAAAUUUGAUAUACAAAGUUUUUAUCACAUUUCUGGUUAUUCAUCCUGCAGGUAUAUCAUGGUAAAAAAUGGUUCUAACCAUAUCUCUUUGUUUGAAUGAGUCAUAUACAUUUACUGUCAUAUGAUGUGGUUUGUAAUUCCCACUGUUUAAAAAAGUACUUUAUAAAAUCUAACAUGAUUGUAUUCCAAAUAUUGCGUUUGGAGAUUCCUAGUUUUGGGUAAGAAACUAUUUAUGAGAAUACAAUUGCUGCAUUUGCUAGGGACAGGUUUUGAGAUUUCAAAAUCAAUAGCAUGACAUGGGAUACAAGAGUUAAACAUGAUAUUGAUAUAUUUCAGGUCAAAAGUUCAAUAUAUUUUCAUUUUGAAAUAUACACAUUCAAGUAUAUUGCAUUUACAAAAGGAACAUUGUCAAUGACUUAGAAAUGUAGAUCUAUCAAAACUUAACCAUUAAAACUUUUUGAUAUUUUAGCUGAAAAUAAAUCCAAUUUUGUAUCCUUA